CCUCAAUUGUCACUUUAUAUGUUUCAACAAAAACUAAGAAAAUCUCAUAAUAUGUUACUUUUCCACUUGGGUCGUGGAAGUGGAACCAACACCUUCAUAGUGGAAAUAUAACUAAUCUGAUUUUCGAAUUCCAAAAGAUAAAUAUUCCAACCAAACAUCCGAGUUUCUUAUAUGGAGAAAACAAUCAGAAAAGAUUGGAUAUAAUGAAGAGCUCUGCCCGCAGUUUUACUGUUAGGAAACCGAAUGAAAGUAUGAGGCAUAUUGUGAUACUUUUUGUUGGAGGAUUUUUGGGCUUAUUCGUAGGAUUAUCACUCCAUCCACUGUCAAUAACAAAGUUGAAUCUCCCAUAUGGCCUGCUUCAUCUCUCUUGUAUACAUGACCAAUACAAAGAUAGCAGCACCUCAUCCCAAGAUCAGGUUCUAAAUGACCCAACAAAGAUUUGGGUUCCAACAAAUCCAAGAGGUGCAGAAAGAUUACCACCUGGGAUUGUCAGUGCAGAAUCUGACUUAUUUUUGCGCAGAUUGUGGGGUUUGCCUAGUGAGGAUUUGACCUUUAAACCAAAGUACCUUGUGACCUUUACUGUUGGGUGUGAGCAGAAAAAGAAUAUCGAUGCAGUUGUGAAAAAGUUCUCAGAGAACUUCACAAUCCUUCUAUUUCAUUAUGAUGGCCGAACAACGGAAUGGGAUGAGUUUGAGUGGUCAAAAAGGGCAAUUCAUGUCAGUGUUCACAAACAAACCAAAUGGUGGUAUGCCAAGAGGUUUCUACAUCCAGACAUUGUGGCACCAUAUGACUAUAUUUUCAUGUGGGAUGAAGACCUGGGGGUUGAGAAUUUCAAUGCAGAGGAGUACCUAAAACUGGUGAGGAAGCAUCGCUUGGAGAUAUCACAGCCUGCCUUGGAACCUAGUAAUACUACCAAAUGGGUGUGUUGGAAUAUGACAAAGAGAAGAGAACACAGUGAAGUUCACAAAGAAGCAGUGGAACCAGGAAGGUGUAAGUACCCUCUUCUGCCUCCAUGUGCAGCGUUUGUUGAGAUUAUGGCUCCAGUGUUUUCACGAAAUGCGUGGCGCUGUGUGUGGCAUAUGAUUCAGAAUGAAUUUGUCCAUGGAUGGGGUCUUGAUUUUGCUUUUAGAAAAUGUGUUGAGCCUGCCCAUGAGAAGAUUGGAGUUGUUGAUGCUCAGUCGAUUGUUCAUCAAGGUAUUCCCUCACUUGGGAACCAGGGAGAAGCACAAACAACCGAAAAACCUGCAUGGCGGUUGGUGAAGGAGAGGUGUGGCAUGGAGUGGAGGAUGUUCCAGGGUAGGUUGACUAACGCAGAAAAAGGGUACUACAAGUCCAAGGGAAUUGAUUUCUCUGAUUUGCUCGUUCAUAAUUAGGAGACAACACGAAAUUCUUGUUCAUCGUCACUUUUGCUUUUGUUUUUGACCUUCACAUGAUUAUUUUGAUACAUUUAUUGCUUUAAUUAUGUAAGGAAAUGUUCGGAUAAAUUAUUCAAUAAGUACUUAUAGAAAAAGAAAAAAAAAACAUACUGAAGAUA